GUCUUUAAUUAAAGUAACGCGUCUUCUCAGCUUUUUUUUUUGUUUCCUUAUUUUUUAUUCUGUAUAAAAGUCUGUCACGCGUCGGCUGCAAUUUAGUUAGUCAGUUAGUUGCGCUCGUGAGCAGAACAGAACACGUGUUUUCGUCCGAAAAAUUCUUCAUUCAAAAUGGUUAAAUUGAUGAUCACCCUGGCAUUUGCGGCCCUCAUCGUUAUCGUGGCUGCCAAUAGGAAGCAACACCAGCCUGAACCUCAUCAUAAGCCAGAAGUGCACCACCAACCACAAGUUCACAAACAGGCACACCAUCAGCCUCAAGUGCAGCAUGGCCAUGCAUCAGCCCCAGUUUAUGGACACGGUAGCAAGCAACAGGUCCAUGGUUCCAGUCACGGACAGCAGCAUGGUGCCAGUUACGGACAGCAGCAUGGUGCCAGUCACGGACAGCAGCAUGGUGGAUCCCAACAUGGUCAGAAAAAUCAUCAUUAACGUGUGAUAACAGAGUAAUGUUUGAUAAAUAAAAAAGAA